GGCUCAAUAGUUGUGGUGCAGGGCUUAUUGGCUCCGCGGUACGUGGAAUCUUCCUGGACCAGGGAUUGAACUUGUGUCUCCUGUAUUGGCAGGUGGAUUCUUCAUCACUGAACCACCAAGGAAGUCAGUAUUCUCUUUUGAAGUUGGUCUGGGACAUCUGUUUCUUGAGUAGGAAACAGGUCCCCUCAUUGCUGAAGUUCCUUGAGAAACAGCCCAGAGGAACCUUUAUUGAUCUUAUGGGCUGUGUCUUCCUCCCUGGCCCACCCAGAUAACUGUUGCUGCCCCUCAGCUCCCAAGAGGCAGUUCAGAUCCUCCGUGCCCUCCACCCCUCAUCAAUGGCCGGCUGCAAAGAAGUGAGAGACCACAUUUAGAGCCAAGCUCCUGCCCGAACACUCAGAGAACCUGCUGCUCCAGGGCUGGGUGGCUCCUUCGUAUGCCACCAAGAGCCACACCAACACCAGGCUGGAGCCACAUUCUGUGCACAGAAGGUUUUGAUUUCUCAGCCACUUUAGGCUUCAGAGAUACUGGUCUUGCGCCUGCCAGGUCUCUCAUCUCUGGUCUUGACGCCCCAGUCCCUUCCGGAUUCAAGGCAAUGUUGCCUCCAAACAAGGCCCAGGUGCUGCUACGGAACACAGAGUCCCCUGGACGGCCCCCUCAGGGCCCCUCACAAACUGAAGACUCCCUUUUCUAUAACCUACAACCUCAGCCUCGCCAACAAUCACUCCGCUCCACCCAGCCAUCUUGCUCUCCUCCCCCACGGUCCCACUCUGCGGGCUCCCAUCUCUACUCUUCUGACUCAAAUUCGGACUUUGUCCUACAUCCCUAUUCUUCUUCUCUCUCAAAUUCCCCCACUUUCUUUCAUCAGAAUUGCCUCUCUCUCUCCCCUCCCUGUUCUUCCUCGCCUUCCCGCCGGCUGUACCCCUCUGCUACCCUCACUCACUCCUCGCCCUCUCAGCCACAGAACUCCUCUUUCCCCCACUCACCUUGCCAGUCACCUUUCCACCUCGAAGAUCUACCUACCUCCACCCUUACGUCCCCGAGCCCCAGCCCACCUUCUCGUGGGGUCCACUCUAACAGCCAGGCAUGGCACUCGCAUCAGUACAGGAACACCAGGUCCCCUGGGGCGGAGGGGGUAUGCGUGGCAAGCGGGAAGGACCCUGCAGAGUUCAAGGACCCAGGAGCCCUGGCCCAAGCCCUGGUGCUCCGUCUGGGGCACCGUCGUAUCGCCCACGACCUGCAACUACUGCUUUUGCAGCGCCUGUGGCUAGGCCAAACCGACAAGGCCCCGGUCGUGGAGUACCCUGUAUGCCUGGUGUGUCUCCAGCUCCGCACCCCCUCUUGCCCCAUCCCCAGGUACAGGACUGGACCCAGGCUGCUUGCUUUCCCCCAGCUGCUGCCCUGUGCCCAGGGCAAGGAAUCUGGACCACUCCGCAUGGGCAUUGGCUUUGGCCUCCGCCUGCCUCAGGGCCAGGCCAAGGCUCUACAUCUGCUGCCAAAAAGAAGGCCGGAGGAAGCAGGGCCUCAGGCCAAGGCUGCUCGGGCCAGUGGGUGUCAAGCCCAGGUAGCUCAAGCCCCAGCAGCUCCGGCCAAGGCAGAUCUAGGGGCAGGCACCCUCUCCCAGAACGGGAGCCUCAGGUCUGUAGACCGCCAGUCACUAAACUCCACGCGCCAUUCAGAGUUUCUAAUUCAGGCACCAAAACAGGCUACGGUCCACUUGAAGCCCAGGCCUUCCUCUGCCCCAAAGAGACCUGCCUCUCUAGGGCCCAUUCCCCAAAAGUCACCACUCUAGUUCCAGAGCCACGGAGGCCCCCUGGAGCACCUCUUCUGAAUCCUACCAGCUCUGCUCGGCUCCAGACCUCAGGGAGCCCCCGAGACACUCUGAAGGGCUGGCUGGCUGGAGGUCAGGUGUGUUCUCCAGUCCUGAACCCUGGGAGCCCCUUGUGGAGUCUGCUUUCUCCUGGCUGAAGAGGACCAAGGGCAUCUGAGGCCCCCCACUCAGCCUUCUGUGUAUCCAAUUAAAAAAAAAAAAAGCCUGACCCUGCAAAACUUGUGUUUGCGUCUUGCUGAGCAGAUACUGUGGGUGGCUGUACCUGCAGGGUGACCAGAACCCAACAAGGGGUGCAGGAGAGUCAAAGUUAACAGAAUGGUCAAGGACAGUGCAUGCGGUAUAUCUGAAGAGAUCAAGGGACCCACAAGACCUGAGCAACUGAGAGGUGCAGAAGGCUCUGCCAGGCCCUUCAAACAUUUAACUCAAUUUGAUGGGACAGUCAAUGGCAUCCCCAGAGAUGAAGCCAUUGGGCCCCUUCCUCUGGUUACACUUCAGAUUAACAAAGACUCAUGCUGAUGUCGCCAGGGGAGCAGCAGACGGUGUUUCCUUGAAGGGAAGGGCAGGCCUAGGGUUCACUGCAGAGAAACAGGGAAUCCCCACAUUGGAUGG